GGUGGCAACACUGCCACACUGUCAAAUUCCAGUAAUUAUUCUCCUCCGCUGUUGUUGAAUCGUAAAAUCGUUCGCACGCCUUUGAAUAUAUCUAGCAUAUAUUGCCCGAUACGAGAGCAGGCGCUGAUCCGCUGAAAACAUAUAGGCAUUUCCCGCUAUCAGAGCAGUGCGGAAACGUGUCCGGAAAAGCUAAAGUCCAGCGGUAACGAGUGCGAGCGAGAGAGCAGGUGACAGCGACACCGACAAGAUUCACACCCCGCAACCCGCUUUUUGCCCAUCACCUUUCGACUGUGUUUUUUUUUGCACGGCACGGGGAAAACCGAAAGAAAAGCGAGAUUUUCAAGAAAUUUGCGACGCAGUCCAGCCGGAAAAUGCUAAUAAAACUUAAGGUUAAGACCUUAGAUGCGCGCACCCACGAAUUUAGCAUCGACAAUGAGCUCACGAUCCGCCAGUUCAAGGACCAAAUAGCCGAGAAGACCAACAUUGCGGCGGAGAACCAGCGAAUCAUCUACCAGGGUCGUGUUCUGGCCGAUGAGAAGCAGGUGAAGGAGUACGAUGUUGAUGGCAAGGUUCUCCAUGUGGCUGAGCGUCCGCCGUUCUCGCAACGUGGCGCAAAUUCACGAAACAACGACGAACCAAUGCGCCCCUUCCGCAAUGUGGCACGUCCACCGCAGCCUGGAAUGCGUACUUCUCCGUACUUCCGAGCCCUUGAUGGCAUGUUGGUACGCACCAUGGCCAUACCCGUAAACAAUGGCCCAGUUGCAGGGACCCGCACUCCCCCGAGUCGAUAUCCCAACUCGUCAUCCUUCUGCAUCAACCGCAUCACAGUGGCCCUGCACAUGAUCGAUUGCGCCGACAAUAUAGCCGCCUAUCUGGAAAACCCCGCCGUGGGUCUAAACAAUCAAUCCCUGGACAUUUUGCAGCGUGGUCGGUGGUCCAUGGAGUCGACCGUCGUUGAAGUGGGUGUCUCCUCGACGGAUCUGCCGCGCAACAAUAACAUUAUUGACAUGGUCCAGGAUGCUGUUACUGCUGCACUUUCGCGAACUGGAGCUAGGAACUACACAGUGGUUCAGCUACCAACGGUUUAUACCAACGAGAACGGGGAAACCAGUCAGCAGAGAACUGGAGAAUCGACUGAAGGCGAAGGAGUCGCCACGGGAACAGCCAGCGACGCCAGUGGUGAGACCACUGCGGCCACUGUGAUCAUAGAGGAUGUUAUCGAAACCGACGACGAGGCUGCUGAUGGAGCUUCAGAUCGUUCAGCCACGCCCACACCCGAGGCGGAGGCGGAAGGAGCAGUUGGUGGUCAGCCGGCGAGUGCUGCUGAGAACCCUAGUUCUUCGAACGGAGCUGCAAGUGAUGCUGCAGCUGGCGGCGAGGGAGCGAACAACACCGGUCCCAGGCGACGCACUCGCCCUCAGGUCUUGGCCCAAGUUAUACAACAUUAUCGUGGAGUUCAGACGCGCUUGGCUCCCUUCGUGGAUCGCUACUACGAAAUUCUCCAGAACGAUCCCACUUUUGAGGAUAAUGACACCGCUGGACGUGAGGAUGCCCAACGCAUUUUCGACCGCGUUUCGGAGGCCUUCCACUACCUUUCGCAUGCCCAGCAUGCCAUUUCCGACUUAAUGCUGGACUUGUCACAGCCAGGACCACGCGUGCUCACCUGCCGACCCAUUCUCGUCGAGCAGAGCGGUUACAUCCGCUCGAAUAACAUUCUCACGCCCAACUUUUUGGCUCCGCCGCCGACUGUUCUCAACGAACCUUUCCGCACCAGAGGAUCUCCUGCUGCUGCGGCUGCGACUGCCACUCAAACACCCAAUGCGGCAGUAACUCCAAUAGGUCCACCACAGGCCGCAAAUCUGCAGGCGGCCAUCGAUGCCAGUCGCAGUGCGGCGGCCAUGGCGGAGAUUGCCAGUCGGGCUGCCGGAGCCGCUGCGGAGAUAGCCGCUGCGGAGAUAGCCGCCGGAGCUGCCAGUGCAGCAGUCGCUGCUGCUCGUGGCUUGGCCAGCGAUCACGUGGAGGAUCCCAUCGACGAACCCAUGGUGGCACCCAAUGCAACUGGCACUGGUCCUUUUACACAAGAGCAACAAGCCCUCGAAAUGGAUCACGAUCACGAUCAAACUGAAAAUGAAAGUCCCGAAAGAGAGACCCGAGCAGCGCCUAGGCUGCGUGUCUAUGUGCCAGUGACCCUGCCACCGCCCAAUCCCCAAUCGGAUGUGGCUCGCAUACUUCAGGCCAUGUUCAGCCGACAACGAGGAAAUGUGGAAAUAAAUGCGCCCAAUAUCAUGUCGAUUAACUUGCCCGUUCACGUCAUGACCGCCGUGCGUCAGGCACCUGAAGCUGGUGCCCCCGCUCCGGCUGAACCCUCUGCCCCUGCUGCCGAGACAUCACAAGAAGGCGCUUCUACAGCUAGCGAUGGCGAUUCACCCACUGCACCCUCAACGUCCGCAGGAACACGAGGUGCAGACCAGAGGACCAACAACACAUUGCCCACUACGGCCACCCAAACGCGGUCGACCUCUAGGCCUCAGAUUCAGAUUGGCGGCAACAACAACUGGGGCGGACGUAUUGCUCCGACACACACGGCUUUCGAUCGCUUCCUUCCGUGCAAUAGUCAUCACAUCAGGGAACCGGAGCCGCUGCCCCACAACAACAAUGUCAGCAGUGCAAACAACAAUCGGAGCACCAACGCAGCGUCUGCUGCAGGAUCCGCUGGCGUCUCGCCCACAGCCGCAUCAGGAACCCGUCCUGUCACCUCUGGUCGCAUCCAGCGCGGCAGUGCCAGCGUUCGCCCAAUGUGGUCGUGGCGUCGCCUGCGACCCGCCAGCGAGCAAAUGAGCAGCCUUCGGCCGGCAGCCUGGGCGCAAUCGCAAUCGCAAUCACAGACCCAGACUCAGACCCACACGACCAGUGGCCAGACGGCCCACGUUGGUGGUGGCAGCACUAAUGGGGCCGGAGUCGGAGCCGGAGCCGGGAGAGUGCGGCCCACGGGAGGAUCGCAUAUCAGUCGCGAUCGGCUGGCGGCUCGAACGGCCCUCGUUGGCGGUGGCGCCACCAACGGAGGCCUGACCUCCGUCCGGCGGGGGCGGCUUCAGGCCGCCACCGGGCGCCUGUCCAGACAAUUUCCCACCCAACUCGUUAAUUUUUUGCUUAAUAAUCUGAGAAAUAAUGCGCAAACAGCUCCGGCAGGCAGCGGCGUCGCCGCCGAGGGAGGUUCAGCCGCCCCAUCAUCCGGAGCUGAAGCCACCCCAUCAUCCGCAGCUGAAGCCCCAGUCACAGUUGCUUCGACCGCCCACGCUGCUGCUGCUCCACCCCAAGCGGCGGCUGCAGCCACACCAGCUUCUGGCGGAGACUCGAGCAAUCUGCGCUUGCAGCUGCGCAGCUUCCUCAACGAUAGACUUUUCGACGGUGCAGCCAUCAACGAUCAGACGAUUCCGGCUGCCUUCGACCGAGCCGUGGAGUGGUUCAACGAGAGCCUGGUCUAUCUGCCGCAGUACGAGAAACCGAUGUUUAACUCCCGCGCCUCCGUGUGCAACAUCUUGCGCUUCAGCCUUGGCUCAUUCAUCAGGCUCUUCCACGAGAACUCCGAGGAAACAGACAGUGCCCGGUUCGAGCUGGAGCUCAAGAGAAUCAGCGAUAGGUUUCGACACCUCCUCUUCAACGGCCUCUUCUUGUGCCUGGGCCCCGACAAUGCGGAGCUCUUUUGGCAGCAGUUGAUGCGCCUCCUACGCGAACCCCUACGAUCUAAUUUCCGCAACGAAGCCCUUGAGUUCUUGAGCAUCUUCAUCGACCCCACGGUUCCGGAAGACCACAUCCGCCACUUCACAUCGGAUGCCCUUCAGUUCCUGGUCAGGCGCGACGUGCCGUACGUGGCACCACCUCCGCUUGCUAUCCUCAUGUACCUGCAGCCAACGCAGCAGCAAUCGCAGCAGCAACCGGAGCAGCAAACUGUGAACACGGAUGUGGAGAUGGCGGAAGUGGCCACCAGCAGUAGCAACAGCUCUCCCGUUGAGCAACUGCCUGCCGUGAUCGUGGGCUCGGAACCGUGGCACAUGAGUUUCCCCAACGACUGGUUGCCUGUGAUAACGCGCGACCUGCAGACCCAGACUGAGCAGGCUAGCCGACCCCAGCCACCCUUCUCCGAUGCCUACAUCUCAGGCAUGUCCGCCAAGCGUCGCAAGAUCAUUCAGUCGGAAAAGCCGACUGCCACUGUGGAGUGCCUGAUCGCCAACGGAGUGCAGCGGGCGAUCCAGGGCGCCGGCUUGGGUGGAACCAGCGGUAGUGCCUCCAGUUCCUCGAUCAGUACGGAUGCCGUGAUCGGCUCCAUCGCCCACGAUGCCGCCAUUCAGGCCUCCUACACGGAUGCCGUGCGGAGUGGCUUGAAGGAGCGCAUCAAACAGGAUGCGGAUUUUAAGGCCAGCAAGUAUCCGCAGAUCGCCAAGUUCGCUGAGCAGAAGUAGAGGGCCACCUAGUGCUUGUUGUACAUUUUACUUUAAAGCAUUGUAUUUAAUUUAGUUAAUGGCUAAGUUCUGUUUUAAAUCAAGGAGACGACGAUGACAAGGAUUGCGACAACACCAACACACGGAGAGGACGUUUAGCAAAUGCUUAACCCUAUAUAGAAUAAUAAUAUCCAACUGAUAUGUAUCCACACACAGACACACAACUAUGGGACACGACGCGAAACCCAAGCAACAGAAACGCGAUGAAGGAGCAAAAUAAACACACUUAUUAACCGAAACAAUGGCGAUUGGAAUUGGAAUUGGAUUGAGUGGAUUCGGAUGUGGGGACCACACACGGCGAGGAAUGCUUUCAAUUGUCCCAAAUGGCGGUGGCGUCCCAGCGUCGCGUGACGUGGUGGAAAACACAGAACAGAGCCGUGACGACAGCCGAAUUCCAAAUUCCAGCCAAAUAUUUUCGCCGGCGCCAAAUAGGCAUUGACGUGAGCCGAUGGCACAUGAUUGCUGGAUGGCCGAUGACGACCGAUCCGGAAUGUGCAGAGCAAGUCAAGUGGAUGGAUGAGCCUCCAGCAGAAGCAUUACAGCGGAGGCGUAUCCACAUCAGACCACCUGAUCUGAUCGGCACCACCACCACACACCACCACCCAAUUCCCUCGUCAUCGAAUUCCGAAGCCUACGCUACUCUUGUUAUUGUUGUCGCCUGCAAUCGAAACACGAAAAGGUGUCACAUAAAAAUGUUAAGAAUAUUUAUGUGCAAAAAAAAAAAAAACAAAUACCGAGAACCAGCAAAGAAAAGAAAACAUAUGAAUAAAUAAUAAUUAUUAA